GGCAGUGUAAACAUUUGUUUAUUAAACUGUUACAACUGUUCUCAAUACCAACUUAUUGAUUCAUUUAAAGCGCUCGAUCUUUGUUGCACUAAUAGUGUAAGAAACACCUGAUUGCAGUUACCAGGGAAGCACCUUCAGAGGAACUGGUGAGGUCACAACAAUCUAUUGAUUUCGAACAUCAUAGUACACAUGGCGAAACUAAAAUACACAGACAAUGUCUCUGAGAUCUUUAAUCCACUACCGAUUUCACGCUUAUGGAGUUUAGUUUGACAAUGCAUGCCACAGCAUAAACAUGGGAAAGCAAGAAAAGAAGGAAAAAACAUGGACAAAAAAUGAAGUUUUCGCGCAAUUGAAGAAUAAAGGAGAGAAGGCAAAGUUAAAGAAAGAUUUGAUAGAUUUAACAAUUUCACAAAAAGUCACGAGAUUUCGUAAAACGGAUGAGUUGAAGGACCUUAAGGAUUGGGUAAAAACUAUUCGGCAAACAACUGGUCAUAGUGCAUGUGGUAUUCCGACCGCUGAUAGCCUAGACAAUCCCAAACGCAGAUGUAAAAGUGCAUUUCCAGGCGUCAGUGCUGCCAGUGCGUAUAACCAUGACAUAAAUCCUAAUAGAGGAAACAUAUUACGCAGGCAAACACAUCAAAAACUUCAUGUUUCAUCUGCAAAAUCUAUCAGACCUAAAUCAAUGACAAAGGAGAAGAUUUUACAACAUUAUGCGGAAAUGCGAUCUGUACCAGCCUAUCAGUUAUUUACAAUGGAGAAGAUGGCAAAGGAAGAAGAAGGUGAGAUGACAGAACCUGUUGGAAACAAUGAUUCCUUAACUUUUGAAGAGACAUAUGACAUUUGGAAAAGAUCUGUUGUAAAAAUGAAGAAAGCAAAAAAGUCAUGUGAGGUUCAUUCUGACCCAAACAUCGUUGACAAUGGUUUGACAGUUCCAAAAAGUCGCACGCCUCUUAAAACGACUGAUAACUCUAAAACGAUAACAAUAGAUGAAGAAAAUGAAAUCGAAACUUCCAAUAACGGAAAAGAGCCCUUAACAAUUGGUUUGAAAGCUUCGGGGAAACCCUUACCGACACCUUUACCUGGAGAUGUUUCACAAGGAGAUAAAAUGGGUGAUACAUCUUUAUCACAUGCUAAUGAUACAUGUACAGAUUCUGAAAACACGAAAACGAAGUCAAAAUGGACCGAUAUAAGGAACAAGGUCGAAAAAGAUAUAUUCGAUAAGAAAUAUGAAUAUACGAAUUCAAAAUUGCAACCAAAGGUUUUACCACAGCUUCAUCAAAUUGUGAGUGGUAUUAUUCAUAACAAAACUUCUCAGACCUUUUUAAAAAGAUUUGACGGUGAAAGUGAUCAAGAUGAUGUUUCUGAGUGCGAGUCUGUUCUCUCGGACCUUCACUCAGGAGAAUUACAAAACCAAAAGGAAAAGCUUGCAAAAAUAGAAUAUGAUUCAACAGGAGGUAAAUCAACUUUGAGUGCAUCAGAUGACAUUUGUAUGAACCCUGGCACUCAUCCAUCGACAAGAGAAACAAUUAGGUGCGAUCCGUCAACAGCAUUACCUCCUAAUGAGCUUACUAGUGCGACAUCUCAAUUAAGAAUAUCAUCAGUAUUAUGUAACUCUCAACUAAAUGAACAGCCAAGGCCAAUAUCACCCGAUAUUGCUAUCUAUAAUAACAACAUCUCAUUAGGUUUCGUGAGUAAUUCGCCAGAAUUAGAUCGAAGUUGUCCGACUUUACCAUCGUCUUAUGUAAAUUAUCCUGAUAAGAACCCCUCUUCAACAGCUUCGCGUUCACCAUGGUCACGCCUAGCCCUGUACUCAAAAUGUCUUCAAGUAGCUACAAACAAAAAUACAACAGGUGAUAGAAACAGUAAGAAAACAGAUGAUGUCAGAUUAGAACUUUUACAGAAUGCCCAUGCUCAUCAACUCGAUAAACACUCUCGCAAUGGUCGGCCUUCGACACCAUUGUUUUUUGCUGAGCAACAUAGGAACGAAAGAAUCGCUGCCCAGCAAGCGGGAAAGGUUGACUUUAAAACAUUGAGGGCAAGGAGAGUAGCAAUUGAAAGACCUGUCGGUCUAAUGGGAAAUAGAGGUGAACAUUUUGUUAAACUUAAUACGGGCAUGACCAAAGCUGCAAUCAAGCAAGAGCUAAAGAAACUGGUUGCAACUAAUGAUGAAAAUAAGAUGUCUGUGGCAGAAAGGGAGAGACUGAAAAUAAUUCAAAGCAAGAUCCGCAUGUGGUUAGCAACUAUGGCAUCGGACAAGUAUUCAGGCUAGGUUGUUAAUUGACUGGGUUAUUUUGCUAUCGAUAAUGAAUAAUAAUGUAAAAUGUACUGCGUUAAAUCUUUGCACUCUAAUCUACAUGUAAUACAUCAAGAAAUGAAAAUACAUUACGAAAUACGGUUGCAUAUAUUGCCGUGUCUCUAGACCAAGUGGAAAGCGACGAUGUGGUUUUCCGUUAUCUUGAUUCACAAGGUUUCGAUUGUUCUUACCUCUCUAGACCAAGUGGUUUACCGUUAUCUUGACACUUCUAACAGACACGUCGCAAAAAGG